UUUAAUUUUUACCACAUGAAAAAUGUCAAGUACUCUUUCAAUAAUUUUAUAAAAAUACCUCACAGUGGCUAAUUCCAUCUUAUUUAUCAGUAUUUUGAGAUUAAUUUGAAAAUACUGCUCGAUUAAUUGAAAUUUCUUGGCAAAAUUGACUAUCAAAGGUGUCAAAAUGAUUUUAUUUAAGAAUAUAGAAGAAUUAAAUGAAUUACUUACUAGAAACAAAGACAUGAGUAUGUUGUUGAAUGAAAAAGAUAGAAAUACUUUAGACAAUUUAAUCGAUGAAUUAUCUAAAGAUAUUAAUUCAAAUUUACUAAAGACUAUUUUGGGACUUCAGGAGAAUAAAUAUUCCAUUGAAAUAAUUUGGCAACUACAUAUGAAACAAAUUGUUGACUUUACAGAAUUUAUCACAUGUUAUAAGUGGGAUCGUGAUCAAAUUGUUAAAAUUCUACUUUGUAUGUCUGAAUCAAAGGAAAAACUAUGUCAAGAAAUUUUGACAGACUUAUUGGGUAGUCUAUUAAUUUUAUUGUCUGGAGAACCUAAUCAUAAAUUUGAUCCACACGUACAAAUUAUUCAACAAUUCUUAACUCAAUCGAGCUUAAUAAUCAUAAGAAAUCCUGAUGUAUGGAUCUAUUUAAAAAAUCUAAAAUGUUCAUCUUGUUUAAUAAAAUCAACAAUUCAAAAAAUAUUUAAAAUAAUGUUAAAAAACAUGCUUAUAGCUGAUGUUAAUUUUCAUUUAAAUGUUGCAUAUGAACAAUAUAGAUUGUAUAAAACUCCAGAUUCUAUUUACAACAUGCUUAAAAUGUUUCUAGAUGAAUUAAAUGAUGAUGAUAUUUAUACAUUGAUUCAGAAUGUCAUAACACAGCAUUCAGAAAAGGCCAAUUGGAAGUUGAUACUGUCUUUGAUUUCUACUUUUGUAAAAACUAAAUCUCAUCUAUGCCAUGUAUUAAAAUUGAAAUUAGAAGAAUUUUUCAAUCAAACAUUGUCAGAAUCGACUACAGAAAAAAGUUUCUUAAUGCAAAAAGCUGCUUUAUUAAUGUUUCGUCAUUGUUGUUUAGAAAUUGGUCUUUGGUCAGAAUACAACAGAUGGUACAGUACAUAUAAACCAAAUGUAGAUACAGCUAAAGUAUUCUACUCUUUACUCACUGAACUAUUGCCUAUUGAUUUACCUGCUGCUUUGGCAGCCCAUAUUAAUACUCAACCUAAACUAACAGAAUCUUGUGGAAAUAUACAGUCAAAUUAUGUCAAAAAAGCCCAAGCUCAACUAACAAAAAUAAACCAUGGAGAAGAUUACAUGGGUCUAUUUAAAAAUUACGAUGAUUGUCAGAAUCGACAUGAAUCAGACAUUGUCAAGGUGCUCGAAUCUUUCAAAUCAACUGGUCAAGUAAUGCGAGUCGUCUUAGAAGCAUGUGUUUUUAGAAAUAAAUAUUUUACUGGUACAUUUCUUAAGACUUUGAUGAAUACCCAAUUGGUAGAUAAUGAAUUGCGAAACCGUUUUAUUGAAAAAUUAAAUAGUAUGAAUAAAAUUCCUAAAAAUAUGUACACCAAGUGGAAACAAGAACAACAUAGCAUCUAUUUUUCAUAAACCAAAUAUUUCUUGUAUUUGCUCAAUAAAAAUUAUAGUAAUAUUCUA